CUCUCCCCCCUCUUUUUCCUUACCCCCACGUCCAAAAAAGGGAGUUCCUCUCUCUCUCUCUCUUAAAAUUUCUUCCUCUUUCUAUAGCUCCUCAAGUGUCAUUUUCUCACAUAUACUUCACACAAAAGAAACAACCAUUCACUUAUACCUUGUCAUUUCUCUCCCCCCAUCUCUUUCUCUCUCUUCUCAAUCUCAUAUCUCUGCAACUACCCUCCUUCCCUCCUUUCAUUUUCCUUCUUUAAUCGAUCAAACCCUCUUCAAGAACAACAACAAGAACUACAUACAAAGUGCAGAUAUAAUAACUACUCAUACUACUACUAUAUAUAGUAAUAGUAUUCAUAUUUUGUUUUUUUUCUAGGCCAACCAAAUCAACUAGAAAUUUAGUGUGUUAAUUUCUUCAGUUUUUAUUUCUUUUAGUUAGAAGUAGAACAAAAAAAGGGGGAUAAUUUUAUUUAAUUUAUACAUAUAUGGAGUUAUUCCCAGCACAACCAGAUUUAUCUCUUCAAAUCAGCCCUCCAAACCCCAAACCCAACUCCACAGUUGCCUCAGCAACAGCUGAAAUGGAUUUAGGCUUUUGGAAACGCGCUUCGGAUAAUUCCCGAAACGCUAAAAUCGACACUUCCUCCGCUUUCGACCUCUCUCUUUCGCAUCCCGUGGCCGCUUCUUCAGCCGCCACGGGCGCUAAUUUUCUCCAUCACUACCACCAUCACCACCAUCAACAACAGCAGCAGCUGUACCAACAGCUGCUGCAACAACAAAAUCAACACCAACACCAACAACAUCAACCCAAUUCUAGUAGUGGACUAAGUCCAGAGUUGGGGUUUUUAAGGCCCAUUAGAGGGAUCCCAGUAUAUCAAAACCCUCCUCCUUCUUUUCCUUUUGCUCCUCCUGGGUUACCUCAACCAUUGGAUACUUCCACUGUUGCUGCAGCUCUACCUAAUGCUAAUAUACCCUCACCCGCAUCCAAUCAUCAUAAUCAUCAUCAUCAUCAUAUUCCUUAUCAAUCACCAUCCCCUCAUCAUCAUCAUCAUCAUCAUCAUCAUCAAGGACUGAUGAGAUCGAGGUUUUUGUCUCGCUUUCCGGCUAAACGAAGUAUGCGGGCCCCACGGAUGCGAUGGACUUCUACCCUUCAUGCUCGUUUUGUUCACGCCGUUGAGCUCUUGGGUGGCCAUGAAAGAGCGACACCCAAGUCAGUACUUGAGCUCAUGGAUGUCAAAGAUCUUACCUUAGCUCAUGUCAAGUCUCAUUUACAGAUGUAUAGAACAGUGAAGACAACAGAUAGAGCAGCAGCUUCUUCAGUGCAGGGCAAGGGGAAGCAUAUGAAAAUGGGUCUUCGGGCGAUACUUCAGAUGACAUGUUUGGGAAUAUACAAAGCACAAGAAGUUCAGAGCGUCCAACUCUUGGAAAAACAUCGCCAAAUAUGCACCAAGAUAAGGAUUAUUCUUCUCAUGGACUUUGGAGCAAUUCUUCAAGCAGGGAAGCUUGGUUGCAUAGCAAGCCAAAGGAUUCUGGAGGAAACAACAUGCAAUGCCAAUCUUCUCUUGAGAAGGAACUAGAUCCAAAGUGCCUAAGCUAUGAGAGAUUAUCGGAAGUGAGCUCAUCAAAUUUAUCAGGUGAUCAUCAAACAAGCCCAGCAAAGCCAAAUCUGGAGUUUACCUUGGGGAGGCCACAAUAACUUAAUUAGUUCAAUUUAGCUUUUUUUUUUUUGGAAGAAGAGAAGAAGAUAAUGAUGAUGAUGGAGAUGAUGAAGAUGAAGAUGAAGAUGAAGAUGAUGAUGAUGAUGAUGAUGAGCAUGAUGAUGGUAAGAGUAAGAGUAAAAAAAAUAUUUACUGCUACUCAUUUAGAAAUGAUUAUAGUCUACCGGAUUUUAACUGGAUGAAUGAGAAUCAGGUACCCUCUGGUUGAAAAUUCAGAGCCAGAAAAAGAAAGGGAGAAAAGGGAAAGGGCAAAAAAUAAAGGAGAGAGAGAAAAAAGGAGACAAAAAAGACAGAAAGCAACAAAAGGAGAAGGAAUUGAAGGAAAGGAAGGGAAAGGAUAUAAUAUAAUAGUAUGUAAUUUGGGGAGCUUCAAAGAAGAAAAAAAAUAGAAAGAAAGCAUGUCCUAAGAUCCAAAUCUAAUAUAUUAUAUUCCCUACGUAAAUAUGAUUAUGCUAAUUGAUUUUGUAUGUUUUGGAUUACGUGAGAAUUAGAGAGAGAAAGAAGAGAGAGAGAGACACUUUUAACUAUUACUACUACUUAUCUUAAAAGGUAUGAAGUGAUCCUUGGUAAUUGUAAUGGAUCCCUUUUUACAUUUUGAUUGAGAAAAAUGAAAGAAAUUUUCAUAUUGACAAAGAA